UGCCCUCUCUGCAGGAGGAAUGAACCCAUAAGCAGGCCUCACUCCUGGCACGCCACCAAGUUCAACGAGAGCCAAUCAGAGGCCGCCAAAACGCAGUCUCCGCCCACGCAAGUCCGGCACGCCAGAUAUGAUGCAAGCUCGUCUUCCACUGAUCUGUCCUCUGGCUGGGAGCAAACAGACCUGCGCAGAGUGUCCGACCAGUUCAGCUCUCUCGGCAGCAUGGAUAGUCUAGAACAUGUCUCGCACCCGUACCCCGCCGGUCAGCUGUCGCCCGCCAAGUCCAACAACAGCAUGGAGCAUUUCGGAGGAGGCAAACGAGACUCGGCCUACAGCUCCUUCUCCACCAGCUCCGGCACUCCGGACUACACCCUCUCGAAGAGCAACGCCGCCUCCACGGAGAACAUGCUCUAUAAGGUCGGUCAGUGGGACGCGGGGGGAAAGCACAACAAUGCCAGAAACAGCCAGAGCGUGAUUGAGGGAGUCAAACAGGACGAUAGGGUAGCAUACUUCCAGAUGCCGGGAGUUAACUCGGGCUGCGCCGGCACACAGACCGAUGACUCGGUCGGCUCGCGCCAUUCCACUUCAAGCAGAAUCAGCUUAGGACCUGUUUGGCACAUCCCCGAAAUGAAAAAGAAGACGACUUCCCCGUCUCCUCCGCCUCCGCCUCCACCCGCACGCAGUGACAGUUUUGCUGCGACGAAGGUGCACGAAAGGGGGCUCGUCGCAGCUCACCCCGAAGGACCGGACUCGCACAAGACCUCCACUGAAAACCGCCGCAGCCAGAACCCGACCCUGAAAAAUGACAGCGAUGUUUCACACGCUUCGUCUGAUAAAUCGAACCAGUUUGAGUCAAACAAGCAGCAAUCCCUGUCCAGCAGUGACGUUCGGCAAGGCCAGCCCUACCAUCAGAGGCACCAUAGUGACAAAAGCACUUUUUGUAAAACUCAGCCCCGAACUAUGUCCGUGCCAAAGCCACAGAACGUAGGGGGCUACUACUGUAGCAUGCAGGAGCUGCCGACCAACGGUUCCGCACAACACUUUGGUCAGAAACACAGAAGGAACUUGAGCAACUCCAUGUCCACCACAGCCGCCGACCAAAACACCGACAGCAGCCGACAUAGCCGGUACUACAGCGUCACAACGGUUCAGGCCGCGCAGCACAACCCGCCGUCUGGAAAAUCGGAGGACAGGAAGAGCAUCGCCGGCUCAGACCUGGCACAGGCCGGAAAUGAGCGCAACUCUCUCAGUCCACAGACGGUCGCCAAAGUGAAGUAUCAUCUGCCCCAACAGCAGCAACACUCCUCUCUCGGUAAAGACAGCAACGGGUACAGCAAGCACCAAGUUAAGACUGUGAUAGAAACCUCUGUACCCAAAUCCAGCCCUGACGACAGGGGAAGCCAGAGAGGACACAACGCAGAGGCCCAGUUCACGAGUCACGCUUCCAGCAGGCAGCCCGAACAGCGGAGGUCUCUGCCGCCGCUGCAACAUCACCAAGACGUCAGACAUCACAGCCAAGCGAGCAACAAGAUCUGCCCCCAGGCAACGCCCAUGCUUCACUUUCUGUCCAUGGACGACGCCGCCGCCGCAGGCCAAAACGAGACGACAAGAGGCCCGAACUCCGAGGAGUCCCUCGACAGCAAGAUGGCGAGACGCAGCGACCGCUUUGCCACCACGUUGAGGAACGAGAUCCAGAUGAGAAGAGCCAAGCUGCAGAAAAGUGUGAGUGCAGCUGCCCUUCCUGGUACCGAGGGAGAGACUGAGGACCAUCGGGAUGUCUGGAAGUCCACUGAAAGCACCACCCCAACCUCUGCAGAUGGCUCCUUCACCAGCUCCUAUAAGGAUAAUCUGAAGGAAGCACAAGCAAGGGUGCUGAAGGCCACGUCUUUCAGGAGGAAAGACCUGGAGCCCGUGCUGCUGGAGCACCCUGCGGCCGAGGCCUUGCCCAACUACCCGUCCUCAGCGCUGGCCCGGAAAGAUGUCGCCCCUCUGCCGACCGUCUCAGAGUCUGUAAUGAGUAAGUCGGGGCACGCCGUCGGUCAGGUGACUCGCAUCGGUGGCCGUAAGCGUUUUCCCACGGAGAAGAAGGUGCGGUCUUUCUCUGAACCGGGCAAAAUCCAUGAAGUCGGGGUGAAGGAAGAUCUCCCUCGCCAUGAGAGCUCCUCACUAGACCAACAGAGGCUCCGUAAAGAAAGCGUGAAACCAGCUUUCCCCAAUCACAUCCCCCCUCGGUGCGGUACGGAGAACCCCGCAGAGACCAGGACCCGAGGUCUCGCCUCCGCCGGUGAAACAGAGGACACGAUGAAAGGCAUCAGGAGCAGAGAGUACACUGAAGAGGUCCAGGAAGGUCCUCGCUCUGCACACAAGCAGGUCGUCCUAGACCAGCAAAGACUGGGCACCUUCGCUGAGUAUGAGGCCAGGUGGAAUGUACAGAAACCCCCUCCGGAAACAAGAGCCUCCGGACGGUACCGGUCAGCUGACAACAUCCUGGAUCCAGGACCGGAGGAGAGAACCAAAACCACCUGUUUCCACGAGAGAUCCCGAUCGUCUCCUUCAGCGGACAUCUAUGGAAAGAAGAUUCCAGUUCCUGCAAGAAACUCUGAGGAGACGGAGUAUUCCCAGACAGAGAGUAAACCUGCUGGACCGCUCGCCGCUGCCACAGGGUUCCCUGACGGAGAGCCUGAGACGCAUUAUUCAGCGCCUCCUCCUCCAGGAGGAACCAACCCGGACUCCAGACUCAGAGCUGGUCCCGUGAGCCACGGACCCACGUCGGCCUCCCACAGUCUCUCAGAGGUCGUCCUCCCUCCACCCGAGUGCCCGGAGGUCGACUACGACUCCCACGAGUCCCUCGCCGGUUCCCAGAGCGAACUCCUCACCCGCUGCUCUCCUCACCCCGACCCCGACCCCGACCCCGCCCACUCUGCAAAGGGAGCCUCGGAGCAGGGCAAAGGACUUGUGGACAAAGGACAAGGGGCAGCGCAUCAUCUAUCCGCGUCCAAUCCUCGGCCGGCCUCGACUCCCCCUCUCAGACCUCCGGGGCUGGUCUCCAUGAUGGAGGAGCAGCGCUCUCCAUCUCCUCACUUUUCUCCUCAGAGACUCAGUGACAAGCCUCCGGUGUCUCUGCAGGUAGAAGACUCAAACAGGACGGAUCAUGUGAUAGAAGACCAACAUUCUGCAGUGAAGAAGGUUCCCAUCAGGAUCGUCCACUCGGAGGGCGUCUCAGAGAAGGACACUUGUCCCUAUCUGCAGCACAGCGACCCCCCCGCCGCCGCCGCCGCCGCCGAAGCCGAGGGUCCCGGCGUGAUCCGGCUCGGCGGUCUGGGAGCCGCGGGGCAGGACUCGGUCUUCUGUGCAUUCACUCGGCAGAAGGAACCCAACAGGACGCCGGAGGCCCGGACGGACGCGUACAUGACCACCGUCACCGGAGAUCACGUCAACUCUGACGGCCAGCAGACAGAAACCACACGGCUGUCUGAGGACCGCAAGAGAGAGGAGCUGGCCAAGAGCAUCAUGGGAAAGGAUAAAUCACUUGCUGAUAUUCUGGACCAGAGCAAGAUGAAGACCACCAUGGACCUGAUGGAGGGCAUCUUCCCUCAGGAGGAGCAGCUGUUAGAAGGAGCUCACCAGCGCAGGAAGGUCAGCCGGCCUGCUGAGGAAAGGGAAAAGGAGGACAGCAUGGCAGCAGCUGUCACCAUGGUGACCAGCUCGACGUAUUACAGCACAUCUGCCCCCAAAGCUGAGCUCCUUAUCAAGAUGAAGGACAUGCAAGAGCAGCAGGAGGAGGAGGAAGACUCCGAAGACGAGCUGGACAUCGAUCUGGCCAACAAGAAGCAAGAGCUGAUUGACAGCCUCAGCAAGAAGCUCCAGGUGCUGCGCGAGGCCCGGGAGAGUCUUCAGGAGGAUGUCCUGGACAACAACGCCCUGGGAGACGAGGUGGAGGCCCGAGUCCAGCAGGUCUGCAAACCCAACGAGCUGGACAAGUUCCGGAUGUUCGUCGGGGACCUGGACAAGGUGGUGAGCCUGCUGCUGUCGCUGUCGGGCCGCCUGGCCAGAGUGGAGAACGCCCUCAACAGUCUGGAGGAGGACGCAACCGCGGAGGAGAGGGUGAGUACAUGUUCACCUGGGAAAUAUAAAGCUUCAUUUAUUCUCACCGUAGUGAAGAAGCUGGGGCACGAAACUGGGAAAUUACGUUAUAGCUGCUGCAAGUGGUCGCAUCCAUAAACAUAUAUGUUUAUAAGAAGUGGACGUA